AGUUUAUGAAUAUUUAUGAUAGAUUGGCAAAUGAUAACUUUUGACUGUAGCUAUGACAACAUAGAUCUGAUUGAUGUAACUUAUUACUCCCAUGUGAUUGUUAUUAGAUUAAUUUAUUCUCUGUCUACUCAUAGGUAUGAGCUUGGAAGGCAACCUGCAAACACUAAGUUGUCAAGUAACAAAACAGUACGAAGGGUGAGGGUUCGAGGAGGUAAUGUGAAGUGGCGUGCGUUGAGGCUGGAUACAGGAAACUAUUCUUGGGGGAGUGAAGCUGUGACCCGUAAGACCCGUAUACUUGAUGUGGUUUAUAAUGCAUCAAACAAUGAGUUGGUCAGGACCCAGACUUUGGUGAAGAGUGCCAUUGUUCAAGUGGAUGCUGCACCAUUCAAGCAGUGGUAUCUUCAGCACUAUGGAGUUGACAUUGGUCGCAAGAAGAAGACAGCUGCCAAGAAGGAAGGAGAAGAUACUGAUGCUGCUGCUGCUGAAGAGACAAAGAAGAGCAACCAUGUCCUGAGAAAAAUUGAAAAGCGUCAACAGGAUCGCAAGCUUGAUCCCCAUGUUGAGGAGCAAUUUGGCAGUGGCCGUUUAUUAGCUUCAAUCUCUUCACGCCCUGGACAGUGUGGGCGUGCUGAUGGAUAUAUUUUGGAGGGCAAAGAAUUGGAGUUUUACAUGAAGAAACUCCAAAGGAAAAAGGGAAAGGGUGCCAGUGGUGCUGCCUAGAUCUCAAAAUUUUACUACCAGAAAUGUUAUCUUAUUGUACUUAUCUUUUUCACCUUUGCAAAUUGCUCUAGCUUUCGAGAAUUAGAUUGAACUUUUCAAUUGUCAUACUAAUGAAUUUUUGUGGAGAAUUAUGUCAAAUCUUUUUCUUCUGGUAAAGGCUUUGAUCUUCU